UGAUUCGUGAAGGCUCCUUAGCCUUCUUGGCAUAAGCCUUGGAAAUCCAUUACUCCUCUCCUCCCUCCAACGGCUUCUCUGUUAGGUUUAGUUAAAAAAAAGCCGUUGAGAGCGACUGAACGGAUUAUUUUGGUGCUGCCUGGUGACCUCAGGGCAUUGUUACGAGGCAUCGCAUUAAUCGUCAGCCGUUGACAGCUGUCAGCCGGUGAUUCGUCAUGGGGAAUGACGCGGAAACCACGGCAGCCUCUUCUGCAGCCGCGGAAGAGGAGAAGAAGCCAACCGAUGCCGCCCCUGCCGACGCGGCUCCUGCAGUAGAUGCUGCUGCUGCGGAGGGGGAGGAGAAGAAGGAAGAGGGGGAGGGAGCGGAGAAGAAGGAGGGGGAGGGGGAAGCGGAAGGGGAGGGCGAUAGUGCUGCGAAGAAGGAUGCGGAGGAGCUUCAACUGUAUCCUCUUGCCGUUAAGGGUCCCGCUGGGGAGGAGAUCGAGCUGCAGGUCAACCCAGCGGACACAGUAAUGGACCUGAAGCAGUUCCUGGCAGACGCGCCCGAGACGUGCUUCUAUACCGCGUACGACCUUAUCCUCACGAAGCCAGACGGGCUCCGCUACCACCUCAUGGACUACGUGGAGAUCGGGGAGGUUGCUGACGUGGCAGCGGGCGGGUGCCUGCUGGAGAUGUUCAACACGUUUUACGACGACCGCGCCGUGCGGCUGCACGUGCGUAAAACGAGGGAGCUUAUAUCGAUGGCGGGGUCGUACUCUAGCGCGUCGACGGCCAUGGCGGCGGAAUACGAGCUCGUUAAGGGGCUGGCGACGGAGCGGGAGUUAGGUGGGGAUGAGAAGGAGGAGGGGGAGGGGCAGGAGGGCGAGGGGGAGAAGGGGGAGAAAGAUGGGGAGAAGGACGGGGAGGGGGGGGAGGGCGGGGAGUGGAAGAGGAGUAAGGGGAAGAAGGGGAAGGGGCGGAAGAGCAAGGAGGAGGAGGCGAAGGAGCGGGAGCGGAGGGAGAAGGAGAAAGAGAAGGAGCGCAAGGCGAAGCUGCCGAGCAGCAAGGCGAGGAUGGAGGAGAUAGCGUCGCUGGAGCAGGGGGUGGGGCUGGGCGACGAUCCCAAGGGCGUGCUGGCGAAGGUGAUGGUGAAGGGCGGGGGCGAUGAAGAGGCGGCACCGGUGUGCGUCGAGAGCAUCGCGUUUUCUUCAUUCAACCCUGUGCCCGGCCCCAGGAGGCUGCAGGGCGAUCUUAUAUACCUGGAGGUGGUGACGGCGGAGGGCAAGCUCUUCUGCGUGACGGCGCACACGAGGGGCUUCUUUGUCAACCGCAGCGGCAGCGGCAGGAAGCUGGACCCGCGCCCUGCCGACCCCAAGGUGGAGGCUUCGACGCUCAUUGGGCUGCUCAGGCAGCUGAGCCCGCUCUUCUCUAAAGCCUUUGCCGAGGUGAUCGAGCGCAAGGCCAACCGCCACCCCUUCGAGAACAUGCUCGCGCCCCUGCCGCCCAACGACUGGGCGGCAAAGCCCAUCUGGGGCGGCGCGGACGGCACGGGCCCGCUACAGUACACCCGAGACGUGGCACGGUCAGAAGACGCCCUUAUGGCGCCCUUUGGGAUCGAUUUCAGUGGCGUGCUGCGUGACUGGAAUGAGGAGUUACAGAGCUGCCGCGAGUUACCGCGUAACUCGUUACAGGAUCGGAUUCUGAGGGACCGCGCUCUGUACCGCGUGAGCUGCGAGUUUGCUGACUCAGCGGUGCGGGGAGCGAAGGCCGUGAUUGGCCGGUCGAUCCCGCCGAUCAACCCCCAUGAUGCGGACCGGUUUCACAUGUACGUGCAUAAUAAUAUCUUCUUCUCCUUGGCUGUGGACGGGGACUUCGCGGCCCUGCAGCAGAUUAGAGAGGCUGAGCUUAAGCAGCAGGCCGAGGCUGAAGCUGAGAAGAAGGGGGAGGAGGGAGGGGAGAAGAAGGAAGGGGGUGAGGAGGGGGCUAAGGAGGAGGGGAAGACGGAGGCGAAGGAAGAAGAAAAGAAAGAGGAGAAGAAAGAGGAGACUAAGGAGGAGAAGAAGGAGAGGAGAAAGAAGGAUAAGAAGGAUAAGAAAGAGAAAAAGGAGAAGGAGAAGGAGGAGAAGAAGGAAGAAAAGAAGGAAGAGGCAAAGGCAGAGGAGAAGAAAGAAGCGAAGGAGGAGGGUAAGGUGGAGGAGGGGGAGAAGAAGGAGGGCGAGGCGAAGGAAGAAGAGAAGAAGGAGGGCGAGGAGGACGCAGCGGCAGCGGCGCCGGUGACAGAGGCAGAGCAGGCGACUUAUGCGUCGUCCAACAACGACCUCAAGGGCACGCUGGCGGUUAACAACGCUGACAUUCCCGGGAUCUACUCCCUUGCCAUGGCCAUUGUGGACUACCGCGGGCACAGGGUCAUUGCUCAGAGCAUUAUCCCCGGCAUCCUGUAUGGUGAUCGCACCACCCAGAUGCUGUACGGGUCGGUGGACACAGGCAAGACCAUCAAGUGGAGCGACUCCUUCCACCCCAAGGUGGCGGAGCUGGGCAAGGUGCUGCGGCUCAAGGAGCACAAGGUGACGGACGGAGAGGGCAAGGAGGCCACGCUGUGCUCGCCCGUGGAGACCAAGGGGAUCUUGGGCAGCGAUGACAGGAAGUACCUGUUGGAUCUGAUCCGUCUCACCCCCCGCGACGCCAACUUCACCGCUACUACGACCACCACCAGCACAGAGGCAACAGCCAACGCCGCCAACCGCCUGGCCAUCCUGCGCCCAGAGCUGGUGGAGAAGUUUUGCCAGGAGGAGCAGGUGGAGCGGUGGAUGCAGGCGAAGGGCGUGACGGAGCGGCCGGCCGCAGAGGAGGUGGAGGCGCUGAGGGAGAAGGGCGAGCUGCCGGAUGUGGUGUUUAAUCCCAACGCUCUCACUGAGUUCAAGCUGUCGGAUGACCCCAAGGAGGUGGAGGAGGACGAGGCGUUGGUGCGCAAGGCAGGGAAGUACCUCAUAGAGACGGCGCUGCCUGCCCUGGUGGCGGACAUCAAGAGCACGGAGGGGUGGCCCGUGGAUGGCCGGGCCCUGGCAAGCACCAUGCAUGCCCAUGGCGUCAACCUGCGAUACCUGGGGCGGGUUGCCAAGGAGGUUGCUGACGUGGAGCAGGUCUACUGGCUGUGCGUGGCAGAGAUGGUGGUCCGAGCCACCAAGCACGUGCUCAAGGCGGUCCUGCGUGAGACCCUGGAGCAGGACGUGGGGGGCGCCAUCGCCCACUUCCUCAACUGCUUCCUCGGCACCUCCACCACUACCCCGCCGCCCACCCUCCCCGGCAUCGGGGAUGCGGACAAAACCGAGGGCGGCGCCGCGGGCGGCGGCGGGAAGAAGAAGCGGAAGAACAAGGGGGGAGCGGGGGCGGCAGGAGGAGAGAGGAAGGAAGGGGAGGGCGGGAAGGAAGGGGAGGAGAAGAAGGAGGCGUUUCUGUAUGUGGUGGAUGUGCCGGGGUAUACUCGCAUCACGGCGGAUAUGGUGUGGUCUGACAUCACUGAGGGGGUCAAGUACAAGUACCAGUUCGAGAUCCCCCCUGAAACGCGCAAGAUGGUCCGCAGCCUCGCAACUCUGCGCAACAUCUGCCUCAAGAUGGGCAUAGUCCUGGCAGCCAAGGACUACAACCUCGAGUGCGACGUCCCCAUCGCCAUUGCUGACGUGUGCGACCUGCUGCCCCAAGUCAAGUUCGCCUCGCCCGCGUGCAACGAUGCGCAGAAGCUGCUGGAGAAGGGGAAGAGCCUUGUUCAGAAGGUCGGUCUGCCCCUGCGCCCGCGCUUCUCCGCCACGCCCCAGAGCGGGCAGUGGCUCCGGGAGCACGAAACCACUCUCAACGCGGCGUUUGAGAUCCUCAGCGAGGCGUACCAGAUUCUGCAGCAGGUGUGCGGGCCGCUUCACCUGGACGUUGCUACAUGCUGCAGGUACCUGGCGCUGAUCUUCUACCACGCGGGCGAGACGGGCAACGCCAUUCUGCAGCAGCACAGGGAGCUCAUUAUCAACGAGCGGGUCGUGGGGACGGACCACCCCGACACCGUGCACAGCUACGGCAACAUGGCCCUCUACUUCCACGCCAUGGGCGAGUCCGAGCUCGCGCUGCGCCACUUCAAGCGCACCCUGCAGCUGCUCUCACUCUCCGCUGGCAACGACCACCCGGAGGUGGCGUCACUGUUCGUCAACAUCGCCCUCACCUACCAGGACAUGGGCAAGCUGCAGAACGCGAUGAAGUAUCUGCAGGAGGCGGUGCGAGUGAGUGAGAAGCUGCUGGGGGAGAACCACGUGCAGGUGGCCGUCUGCCACCACGCGCUCGCCCUCGCCUUCUCCUCCAUGGGCGCCUUCAAGCUCGCCUUGCAGGAGGAGCGCAAGGCGCAGGCGGUGUUUGAGAAGGCGCUGGGCAAGGAGGAUGCACGCACCAAGGAGUCGGAGCAGUGGGUGCAGUCGUUCCUGGAUAGGGAGCUCAGGGCGCAGAAGCAGAAGGCGGGGCAAUCAGCAGCAACAGUCCAACAGCAGCAAGCGGCUGCUCUCCGCGUGGCCGAAGCUCUCAAGCAACGGCCGGAGCUGCUUCAGGUGCUGCAGGCAGCAGCAGCGCCCGGGGCAGGCGGCUCCACCUCCUACCAGCGUGCCGUGGCUGACGCUCUGCUUCGGGGAGAGGUCCCCCCACCUGCUCCCGGAGCUGGCGCUGGCAGGUUCGGCGGAGGCCUGGGAGCAACUGGCUCCUCCGGCACGGGUAUCCGGGCCAGAGGUGUGGACGAGCGGGCUUCCAGGGCAGCGGCGGAGGCUCGGCGGAAAGCGGCAGCUCGGGGGGUGAACCUGCGAGGAGCUGCAGGUUCGGCAGGGGGCCGAGGUAGUGGGCCGAGUGCAAUGGAUGUAGAGGAGCUCAUUAAUUUCAUUAAUAGCACAUCGCCUGCCUCUUCCGGUGCUGGCAGCUCAUCUGCUGCGAAGGCAGGUGCGGCAGCAGGCUCGGCAGGAGGUGCGGCAGCAGUUUCGGCUGGUGGUUCAGCAGCGCCUGCUGGGCUUGGUGGGGUGGGUCUGGGUGUGGGUGUUGGUGCGGUUUCAGGAGCCCCCCCUCCCACUAAAGCAGCAGGGAAGAAAGGUGCAGCAGCAGGAACGAGCAAGCCUGCAGCAGCAGCAGCCACAGCAAAUGGAGAAGCGAGUCAAGGGGGGGCGCCUCUAGGGUUGGGAGGGGGCCUUGCCCCAUUGCCUGGGGGCAAAGGGAAGGGCAAGGCUAAGUAGUGAGGUGAUCAAAUUGUCUAGUGAACAUUGUUAGGAAUUUUGGAUCAUCAAUUCGUCAACGGCCUGAUGUUUGAAGCUGUGGCUCGUAGUGACGAGUAGCCAAGUGGAAACAACGAAUUCACAUGUUUUUUCAUGUAGAUGUUUGAAUUUGGUAUUUUUUGU